UGAAAAGUAAUUGCCAAACUCUGCCUGGCCAACCUUGGCGCCCCGGCUUGGAACGCCCUCUUGCUGAAAUGAAUGAGCCGUUUGCCAGGACGUUUAGCAUCAGCACUGUCCAUUUGUCCAACUCGCCUCGCGCCCUAUGCCCCAUGCUUAUUAUUGGCCAUGGAUUGCUGCUGUCACGGUGUUGACCGGGGUGGCUGGUGAAAUGUGCUUGUCGGACGGAGUGCCCGAGGAAUCGCGUUCCUACAUCCUCGAUGACCUUGGCAAAAGCAUUCCGAUUGGAUUCUUGAAGGGAGCUAUGCCAUCGUCUGAUGUGUUGACAGAGAUGUUGGUCCUCAUGGUCCAAGAAGGUCUUGGUUUUCAUGCCGCUGUUCACGUAAGCGCUAAUCCGACUGCCCCUAUCUAUGCCUUGGCGGGCUGCAUCGAAUUUGAUUACUUCACGUACAUGAUGAGGUGCCAAGUGAACGAAACUCAAGUUCAUGUGGCGGUGGAUGCUUGGAUUGGGAGCUAUGCUAAAGCCUACAGACAGUUCGAGACAGACUAUCCUGCUAGUUCCCCGGUGGACUUAGGGUCCAUGGGCUACGCUGGCGAGGAUUCCAUGUACAUUUCCCAGCGAGUUCUUCAAGCUGCUUAUCAGGCUGAGGGCUUGGCUUUAGACUACUACAAGAGCUACAACAGGACGUACCACAACGCCAAGCAGUACUUUGACUCCAUCUCCGACAUCCCCAUCUCGGAAUUGAAGCCAUGCAAUUCUACAGACUUCACCAGCUCAUCCAGAAUGGGAUUUUACGCCCAGUACUCCGGGGAUAGUGGAGGAGUGGAGUUACAGCCAGACGGCGCGUACAUUGGCGUCUGCCCGGACGGCUACUGGUGGUUGGCUCCUGCUUGCCGCGACAAUGCCGCAGAGUGCAUCCCGGUGCUUACUGCAUUCUGGGGCUGGAAUCUCCAGGCACUGAUGCAAUUGACAGCCGAAUAUGGCAUCCCAGCCGCCAUCGGCGUCUCCGCAAAUUUUGUGAAUCAUGUACGCACGGUGCGGAGCCUGUUCUUUUGGUACGCGCCCGACACUAUGUUCAUUGAGCUGCUGCCGUCACGGAUUGUGUUCCCUCGGCACAGCCCGAGUGCCUGGGCACGCGGGGACCAGAGCACCGCGAUGCCUGAUAUCUACAUUGCCAAGAUGGCGAGCAACAACCUGCAACAGAAGGCGCCGAGAGUGCAGCAAUUUGUGGCUAACAUCAACUUUGAGCUGCCAGAAGUCCAGAAUUUGAUGUUGGAAUUGAAGAGAGCAGGAGAAGGUUCAGCACGGAAUGUGUCAUGCCAGUGGAUGAAAGACAACAGAAACAAGUGGGAGAGCUGGGUGCCGAUCGACACAGCCUGCCUUGAGGGCUUUGGCUUGAUCGAUGGACAAGGCGCCUUCCUGGACAACCGCACCGAUGCCGCAGGGUGCGGCUUGUGCCCCGCUGGGAGGGCCUCGGAGGAAGUGGUGGACGUGACUGGCAGGACCUUUCGGUGUGCCCAAUGCCCGCCGGGCCAUUUCCAGUCCAAGACCUACUCCACCAGCUGCGAGCGAUGCCCCAAGGGCAGCUAUAGCAACUCGUACGGCAACGUGGAAUGCCAGUACUGCGGCCAGGGCUUUUAUGAAGAGCAGGAGGCACAGACCUCAUGCACGAAGUGUCCGGCCAGCAGGACCACACAGCUGUUGGGGGCCAUAAGCCUGGCAUCCUGCGUUUGUACGGAAAGCCACAUCGACGACGGAGGCGUUUGCACCUUUUGCGGAGAUGGGCUUUCUUGCCCUUUGGGCAGCACCCUAUCGCUGCUCCAGAGUGUGAACGACACCGGUGCGCAGCUCCCACAUGUGCUGGGCGGCUACCACAGUGAUCCGGCGGCACCUUUGCAAGUCUACAAGUGCCAGGAUAACUUCUGUCCUGGUGGCUCCCCUGGAACUUGCAAGGGCGGGCGCCAAGGUCUGACCUGUGGGGAUUGCCCGGCGGACCACUACUGGGCAAGCAACGAGUGCACGCGCUGCGGGGCCGUGAUGUGGGCCUGGAUCCUGGCGUUGGUCACGGUGGUCGUGGGCAUCUUCAGAUCAUACUACCUGCUCACAUCCUCAUACACCGCGAAGGCUUCCGUCAUGGGAUGCACCACUGCCAGCUUGGGCAUGAUGCUUGCCUUGUUCCAGAACUUGGGGGUCUUGAGCAUGGUGGAUGUCAAGUGGCCCGACGAAGUUUCGAACCUGCUCGCGUUCGCUUCCAUCUUCACGUUCAACUUGGAUGCUCUGGGGUUCAGUUGUCUUUCCCACGGCAACGUGUACCGCUACACAGGCACCGCGCUGUUCUUCCUGGUGGUGGUCCUGGCACUGCCCGCCACCGGCGUGGUCACCCAGCUCCUGCUGGUCAUGAAGAAGCGGGGCCUGGCCUGGGAGAAGUUCAAGACCUACAGCACAACGGGCCAAUUCUUGCAAGUGAGCUUCACCACUAUGGCGAAUGUAGGGUUGAUGCCCUUCAUGUGCUACAAGCAUCCCACCGGAGAAGAGAGCGUCCUGAAGUACACGGAGGUGCUGUGUGGUUCCGGGGAGCACCUGGUCAUGCAGAUCGUGGGCAGCCUGGUGGUGCUGCUCGCGGGGCUCUUCUUCUCCGGGAGCUGCUUCGCGGCCUGGGUGGCGCCGAGUUUGUCUGGGAGACCGUCCCUUGCCGCCAUCCGGUUCCUCGUCUUCCGCUUCAGGCAAGAAAUGUGGCUUCUGAACCUGGGCCGCUUGCCGGAUGCCAACGACCUCUUUACGAACCUGACACACAUCGCGGAGUCCAUCAGUCAGGAUUCGAGGACGAAGCAGAUGGUGUCGAGCCUCGAGAAGCUCUCGGUCUAUGAUUUGAAUGUUGUCAUGCGCGCAAUCGAUGUCCUAGCAGACGACCUGGAAAUGGAGGUGUCACGCGGCGCCUACAGCUCCCGCAUCUCCAUGUCGACGAGGUCCUUCCGGGCCUCCGAGGUGAAGUUCAACACGCAGGCGAAUCAGGCGCAACAUGUGCCCGACAAGAACAAUGAGAAAGUGGCCUUGCCAACUCUUGAUCCCGCUCAAGUCACUUGGCUGUGAAGGCAUAGGAAUGCAAACAAGGCGGCGCCCAAAACCGAGGGUUUGCUGGACGUUUGGUUCCUGCGCUACCUUGCAUCAUUGCCGUGUCAGCUCGCACCGUUAACAACGUUCGUGCUAUGAGCUGGGCCACAUCUUUGAACACGGAAAACAGUGCUGAAGUGUGGCUCACAAAGCUCAUUUUUUAAUCUGUGCUGUCUGCUUGGAUGUGUCCUUGCCUCAGGUGUCGUUUGAGGCCAUGUUAUGGCACGUUUCAGUUUGAUUCCAACCAUUUAGCAGUGCCAUCUAUUUGUCCAACAGGACACCCAAGGGCCUUGAAUGCUUCCUCGUUCCUUAUUAGCCUGACGUGCAGAAAAGCUGAACACUGCUUGCGGUGCAGUUAUUGCCCUCGGACGAUCAGCAGAUGGUUGUACUUCAUUUGCGGGGAGCAGCGCAGGUGUCCUAUAUAGAGGGCCAUGCUCAUUCUGCAAGCGAAACUUGGACAAUGCAAAUGGUGCUUCCGUAUGCUGAUGUUCAUGUUUAUCACACAUUGCAGUUCUGCGGCCAACAACCAGAGCUCUGUGUGAUCGCGAAGAAUAUCUUGCUUGGCGUAUGUCAAAGCAGUCACCGUUUCAGUCGUUCCAGUUGCAGCCUG